CCCGCGCCACGUGCGGGAGGCGCAGCUCGGGCAAACUCCGGGCCCCGCUGGCCCGUGGGGAGGGAGCGGGAUCGCAGCGCCCCGGCCUCGGCCCCCGGCCCCCGGCCCCGCGGGGCUGCCCCGGAGCGAGGCGCAGGCCCACUCUCUGAUGGGGAGAUGCCAGAGAGCUGGAAUGCCUCUUCCAACAGCCUGGAGGUGCGUGCUGCAGGCAUCAUCGUGCCGGUGGCCUUCUCCCUCAUCUUCCUCCUGGGCAUAGUGGGGAAUGGACUGGUGCUGGCUGUGCUGCUGCGUAAUGGCCAGGUGAAGUACACCACCACCAACCUGUUCAUCCUCAACCUGGCCGUGGCGGACCUCUGCUUCAUCAUCUGCUGCGUCCCCUUCCAAGCCACCAUCUACACACUGGACGGGUGGCUCUUCGGCCCCUUCGCCUGCAAGGCUGUGCACUUCCUCAUCUACCUCACCAUGUAUGCCAGCAGCUUCACCCUGGCAGCCGUCUCUGUCGACAGGUACCUGGCCAUUCGUUACCCGCUGAAAUCCCGGGAUCUCCGGACCUCCCGGAAUGCAGCACUUGCCAUCAUAAUGAUCUGGACCCUGUCACUGCUCUUCGCAGGGCCCUACCUCAGCUACUACCAGAUUGUCCACUACUACGGGGUGCCCAUCUGUGUCCCCAUCUGGGAGGACCAGCGCCGGAAGAUCCUGGACAUCCUCACCUUUGUGUUUGGGUACCUCCUGCCCGUGGCUGUCGUGAGCUUGGCUUAUGCCAGGACCAUCAAGUUCCUGUGGACCUCCGUAGACCCUGUGGAGAGGAUCUCAGAGUCCCGUAAGGCCAAGGGCAGGGUCACCAAGAUGAUUGUGGCUGUGGCCAUACUCUUCUGCCUCUGCUGGCUGCCCCACCACCUGGUCAUCCUAUGCUUUUGGUUUGGCUACUUCCCCUUCAACCGAGUCACCUAUGCCUGCCGCCUGGCCUCCCACUGCCUGUCGUAUGCCAACUCCUGUCUCAACCCCAUUGUCUAUGCCCUCAUCUCUAAGCAUUUCCGCAAGAAGUUCAAGCUGGUCUUCACUUGCCUCCUCUUCCAGAACAAGAGCAGGAAGAAGAAGAGAGCUGGCAAUAAAGUCCACGUGACCAAUGUGGCCAACAAUGCUGCAGGUCUGUAUGGAGGGACCACCGAGGUCACCCAGAUCCAGGAGGAGAAUGCCAGGUGCUGCCAGGGCCCGCUGCGGAAAGAUGCUGAAGACACCCAUCUCCCUGAGGCAUGGACUCAUCAGCUACAGGACGCCACUGUCUCUGCUCAGAGAGGACUGCUGGCUGAAGAAAGUUCUGUAACAACUGGCAACCCACUGGCUGUGACAUCACCAGGAAGACCUCAGGGCCUGCUGACCUCCACUGAUAAUAUAAACCAAGAGGAGAAACGCAUAAUCCAGUGGGAGAGUCACCCUUCCACCCCUGUGUAUGCAAGCAGAUGGAAGGAUGUAGCCAUUGGGAAAUUGCACUGCAGUGAUGGCUAAUCUUAACAUUAUCAGCUGUGGCUUUUUUAUGAUCAUUCCACCCUUAUCCACUUCCCUGUGCCAUUCUUGUGGGAGCAGUGGAAUCCAUCAAUGGAAAUUCAGAAAGUAGGAGCAUGCUAACAUAAAAACAAGAGACAUGGAGAACUAGACACAGCAUGAUCACUGGGGAAAGGUCUGGACUCCCACUGUCCUGGGCACGAUAUUGAAAAUAUGUGGCGAGGAGAAGGGGAAGGAGUUUUACUACCAUGUGCGAUAUGACACCACACAAUUAACGAUGUGAUCUAGUGUAAGGCACUGCCCACAUGUUGGGGUUCAAAGAUCUGAACUUCCCUCUUGAGAUUAACUAGCCCCUCGAUAAGCCCUGUGUGUGUGUCUGUUGCUCACAGUCACCCAGGGGGUAUUCCCCCUACACAUUUAGGCCUACGUUUUCAGCAGUGCCCACUAAUUUUGCGUGGCAUCUUGGUACUGAAAAAUUGAGAGGAGCAAAAUUAACGUAUCCUGUUUGAAACCAUAUGCUAUGGUGUGGGUAUCAGAAUGCUGGGGGGAGUGGUUGGAAGAAUAUGUGUGCGUAGCUAUGUGUGAAGAGAGUUAGUCAUUUUGUUUGGGCUAGGGAUGGGAAUACGGUGUGUGUGUGUGGGUGUGUGUGUGUGUGUAUGUGAAAGAGAGAGAGAGAAUGGCGCAGUUCAAAACCUCCAUCACUGGAAAAACUGGGGCAAUGUGUCUUAACGUCCCAAGCAGUGGAAUUCUGUUCCCCGCCUGGGUGUCUUCUCCUCUCUAGUAAUUCCCAGCAGGUUUAGGCCGUUCUCCAAAGCUAAUCCUCCUCCCCCAGCUACUCCACUCUGUAUCAGAGAGGGCCUUGUUUGCAAUCCUAGCCCAAAACCCCAAUUGCAAGGAAGUCGGCAGCUCAUAUCAAUAUCUUCUUAUACUAAUUCUACCACCAUCACUAUUAUUAAAAUGAUUUAUUAUAUAGCAAGUAAAAAAUGGAAAACCUGGUAUUAUUACAUCUCAGUGUCCCCUCCCAUGCAUGCUGAUAGACUCAUAGAAGCUUGAGAUGUAAAAGCUCUGUUAGUUUAUUAAGUCAGUCUCUUCCCUCCACCCUGGCAAAGCAGGAUUAUUUCCUACAGGACACUUCCUAGUGUUUUGUCCACUCUAGCUUUACACGUCCUCACUACUGUCCUAAUGCUCCUUUGUCUUCAUGGAAAUCUCAAAUGGCUGCAAGGCAGGUAUGGGAACAGGAUUGGUUAGUGGAGUGGAAUCAUGGGGAAGAUCUGGCUUAAGAAAUGGGCCCCUCUGUUUGAUAACUACUGGCACUGUAUCCAAAGUUAAAGAGCUGUUCCUUUGCUUGAGCCCCCUGGCCUCAGUGCUGUCACAUUGGAACCCUCCCUUGUUCCUGCAGCUGUUCCCCUGCAUUCCCACCUGACCCUGCAGUCCCACUGGAAUGUUUCAUUGUUAAGGCAGCUGGAUCACUCAGAUUUAUACAACACCGCCUAGCCCCUGACAAGAGAGUGGCUGACAUCCCCCAGUGCUGACCCAAUGGGGGAGAACACAGUGGGGUGGGAUGUAACCUGCAGGGUUUGGGGCAAAGGGGAUUAUUGCUUAUGAGGAGCUGCUGGGAUUUCUCUCCUGUGUGAGAUUAAUAAACCUUGGUGAAUUUCUUUGCCUAGUCUGGGUUCUUCCUUAUUCUCUGU